UCAGUGGAUCACCCUUCCCUUCCUAAACCCCUUUCUUCCUUACUUUCUCUUUUCUCUUUCGCCCGCCACCUUCACUAUCACGCACUCUUCUCCUCCUUUUGAACUCUCACUUCAAGAAUGGCCGCCAAUCUUUGCUUCUCCGGUAAGGCCUGCGACCAAACCUCGCUCAUCAGGACAACUGCAAGAUGGAGGUCUCCCAGAGCUGCAGUAAUUCCCAAUUUUCAUCUCCCUAUGAGGAGUAAUGAGGUUAAAAAUAGGACAUAUGCUGAGGAUAUAAAAGCACUUAGAUUGAUUACUGCAAUAAAAACUCCGUAUCUACCGGAUGGCAGAUUUGAUCUCGAGGCAUAUGAUGCGAUAGUAAACAUGCAGAUUGAAAAUGGUGUUGAAGGCGUAAUCGUUGGUGGCACGACCGGUGAAGGUCAAUUAAUGAGCUGGGAUGAACAUAUCAUGCUCAUUGGCCACACCGUUAACUGUUUUGGUGGGUCCAUCAAGGUUAUCGGGAACACGGGAAGCAACUCGACGAGGGAAGCAAUACACGCUACCGAGCAGGGCUUUGCUGUCGGAAUGCACGCAGCUCUUCACAUCAAUCCCUACUACGGCAAGACUUCCUUAGAGGGCAUGGUUUCUCACUUCAACAGCGUGCUCCCGAUGGGACCCACAAUUAUCUAUAACGUGCCAUCACGAACCGGCCAAGAUAUCCCACCUGCCGUGAUUGAGGCCGUGGCCACGAGCCCUAACCUGGCCGGUGUCAAAGAAUGCGUAGGAAAUGACCGAGUGGAGCAGUACACGAGUAAAGGCAUUGUCGUUUGGAGCGGAAACGAUGAUCAAUGCCACGACUCUAGGUGGGAUCACGGCGCAACAGGUGUGGUUUCCGUUACGAGCAACUUGGUUCCAGGUCUGAUGCGAGAACUUAUGUUCGGAGGGAAGAACCCUACUUUGAACGCCAAGCUCGUGGCCCUAAUUCAAUGGCUUUUCGAAGAACCGAACCCCAUCGGCUUGAACACAGCUAUGGCACAGCUCGGGGUUGCUCGCCCCGUAUUCCGCCUGCCGUAUGUUCCGCUUCCCAAGAAAAAACGCGAGGAGUUUGUGAAGAUUGUGAAUGAUAUUGGGCGCGAACACUUUGUAGGAGAGAACGAUGUUGAAGCUCUGGAUGAUGAUGAUUUCAUUUUGGUUGGACGUUAUUAGCUUUCUGCAUAGUGGUUAGAACUACUGGAAGUUUAUCUGUUAAGUUUUGUUGAACUCCACUAGUGAAAUGUGUUUGAUGUUUUACUGUCGUAUAUGUUUUGUUCUUGAGCCGAGAGAAAAAAAAAUAUUGACCACAUUCGAGUUAAAUGCAAUUAAGACUUAAUUGGUAGAACA